AUGGAGCGGCCUAUUACCAUAUUGAAUUUGCCUGAUUCGGCAAAAUUAAAACUUGAAUCGUUAGGAUUUUCAUUUAUUGAAGACAUUGAAAAGUAUUUGUGUCGUCAUGGAAAAGUACCUCCCUCUCUGGAAGAUAUAUUUAGGAAUCAUGAGAUUUUAAAUAAAAUAGAGGAAUUACAAAAUAUUUCUCCAAUCGAAUCAGCAGCUGAGAUUCUAAAAAAUCAGGAGCAACCUAUUUUUUUAUUUCACAAGGGAUUGACUAAUUUAUUAAAUGGAGGUCUUUCAAUAGGGCAAAUAACUGAACUGUGCGGACCUCCUGGUAGUGGUAAAACACAAAUGUGCCUUCAAUUUUGUGUCGAUGUUCGAAUACCAAAAGAAUUAGGAGGUUCCGAAGGAGAAGCCAUUUUUAUAUCAACCGAUUUUGGUUUUCAUGCAGAAAGGUUGCGACAAAUAUCUCAAGCUGCGGUGGAUCAUUUUAAUAAAAUGAUUUCUACUGAUAAUUUUUCUUCUGAAAAUGAUUUAGAAAAAAAAUUAACUUUGGAAAAAGUACUAGAGGGAGUUAAAAUUUUGGAAAUACACGAACUGACAAAUUUGCAAAAAGUCAUUGAAAAUUUGGGUGAAUAUUUUCAGAGAAAAGAAAACAAUAGUUUUAGUACACCAUUAAUAGUGGACAUUGAAGAACCAGGAAUAAGAGGUAAAAUAGCUUUGUCUAUUUUACAAACUCUUAAUUAUCUGUCGAAUAAAUACAAAUUUGCUGUUGUCCUCACUAAUCAGCUUACUACUGUACUUGAAAAGAAGGGUAGAUCAGUAGUAAAACCAGCCUUGGGCCAAGUUCACGCUCAUUGCAUACAUAAACGAGUAAUUUUGAAAGAAAAUGUAGCUUAUCUUACCAAAAGCAUUGAUCUUCCUCAAAUGUUUGUUAAGUUUAAAAUUACUAACGAUGGAAUUCGUUAA